AUGAGGUUAGAGGCGUUGCUUUUGGCCAUCGGCGUUUUCUACGUGACCUCAGCUUUUCCUGGAGUCCGCCGCUUCCGCCGAGGUCGCUGGGGCAACAUGACCACGGACGACGUGGCGGAGUUCAAAAAGUCGCUGCGACGCACCAACGUCGAACGCUUCCACAACGCGCUCGAGAAAUUCCGUGAAUCGAGGAGCAUGUCGCAGAGUGACAGCGAGAUCAAGGAGUUCAAUGAACGUAUCAAGCAAAUUGGACAGAAGACGCGCUCAAAAUCGUUCCGGAAGCUGGGGAAUAAUGUGGCCGAAGUGAAUGAGAAUGUUGGGGUGGCUGAGAAUUUGUACAAGGGAGAUAUGGCAUUGACUGAUGAACAAGUGCAAAUUUUGCUUGGAGAUUUUGUGGAUGAGGCGACAACCGAGCCAACAGAUUCGGAAACAAUUCGUGAGAAGCGUCAGGCCUACAAGGACAAGUAUUACCCAUCAACAAUCUGGGGCAACACCUUCAAUUAUUAUUUCGACUCGUCCCUCUCGGCUGCCGGGAAAACAGCCGCCCAGUUGGCCAUCGCCUUCUGGCACAACUCGACGUGCAUCAAUUUUGUUCAGAGCACUACGGCAAAGAAUCGUGUCCGUUUCUUCAAAGGUUCCGGCUGCUAUUCGUACGUGGGUAUGAUUGGAGGAGUGCAGGAUCUGUCACUCGGUGCUGGAUGUGAAUCAUUCGGAACGGCGGCCCAUGAGAUCGGCCAUGCCCUCGGGUUCUUCCACGAACAAUCGAGAUUCGAUCGCGAUACGGCAAUUACCGUCAAUCUGGCCAAUAUUCAGACAGGAUGGGCCGAUCAGUUCGAUAAGGAAACCACAAGUACAAACUACAACUAUGGGAUGCCCUACGAUUACGGUAGCGUGAUGCAAUAUGGCGGAGAAUCGGUAUCGGGCAAUGGAAAACCGACCAUGGUCGCAAAGGUGGCCCCUUAUCAAGACACGAUGGGAUCAGAUUUUGUCUCAUUCUACGACAUUUCGAUGAUGAAUGAGCACUAUAAGUGCAAAGCCAUCUGCACGACGGGAGCAACUUGCCUGAACGGAGGCUUCAGAAAUUCACGAAGUUGCAGCACCUGUAUCUGCCCGACUGGAUGGGGAGGAGCCACCUGUAAUCAAAGGACAUCCGGUUGCGGGGCUGAACUCACCGCCACGGCUACAGUCAAAGACCAAGUAGUGACUGUCGGUGAUGGGGCAUCGGUGGAAAGGAAUACCUUUGCUACUUGCAUCUAUCAUAUCAAGGCCCCAACUGGGAUGAAGGUCGAGCUGACGCUGAUCAACAUGCUCUACCAACAAUGCUUUGAUGGAUGUGUUUAUACGGGGGUUGAGGUGAAAGCAUCCAAGGAUCAUCGAUACACCGGAAUCAGAUACUGCUGCAACGGCGACAGCGGCAAGAAAAUCAUCUCCGAGGGCAAUAUCAUGCCAGUCCUCAUCUACAAUCGAUACUACAAAACUGGCGUCACUUUGAGAUAUAGAUACGUCCCAGCGGCGACAGCUUCAACCGUCAUGACCAGCCAAAUCGCCGGCUCCAGCGCCACUUUU